AUGUCAUUUUUUAUUUUCUGCUUACAGGAAAAUCAUUUCUUUGAGCCACAUAAAAGAAUAUUGAUAAAAACUCCACAGAAGGAGUCGGCUACUCCCAGUUCAGUAUUAGCAGAGAUUCAGCCUGACUUUGGACCAUUAACAACACCCACAAAGCCUAAGGAAAUCUCUCCAGGUGAACCAUGGACGCCAACAGCGAACCUUAAAAUGUUGAUCAGUGCUGCUAGUCCUGAAAUCCGAAACAGAGAUCAGAAAAGAGGAUUGUCUGACAAUAGGAGUGGAAUCCUUGAGGCCAAAGAUUGUUUACAUGAUCAUUUAUCUGGAGAUGAGUAUGAGAAAUCCCAACCAAGUCGUAAAGAAAAAAGCUUAGGGUUAUUGUGUCAUAAAUUCUUAGCACGAUACCCUAACUAUCCUAACCCUGCCGUGAAUAAUGACAUUUGUCUUGAUGAAGUAGCAGAAGAACUCAAUGUUGAACGUAGACGCAUUUAUGAUAUUGUAAAUGUCCUAGAAAGUUUGCAUAUGGUCAGUCGCUUGGCAAAAAACAGAUAUACUUGGCAUGGGCGUCAUAAUCUCCACAAAACCCUGGGAACUUUGAAAAGUGUUGGUAUGGAGAACAAAUAUGCCGAACAGAUCGUGAUGAUCAAGAAGAGAGAGUAUGAACAAGAAUUUGACUUUAAUAGUGACAAAAACGAAGAGGCCACAGUGAAACCCAGCCCUGGCCAAAAUGGACACUCUGACAUGUGCUUUGUUGAACUGCCUGGAGUGGAAUUUCGAGCAGCUUCUGUAAAUAGUCGGAAAGACAAGUCUUUAAGAGUGAUGAGCCAGAAGUUUGUGAUGCUGUUUCUGGUGUCCACCCCUCAGAUAGUAAGCCUGGAAGUUGCUGCCAAAAUUUUAAUUGGUGAGGACCACGUAGAGGAUCUGGACAAAAGCAAGUUUAAAA